AUGGCCGCGCAAUCCACGCUGAACGUAGGGGGCAGCCCCCCACAUCAGCUUCUGAAGCAAUACAUUGAAAUUCUGCGGUCAAGAUAUAAGCAAACAUCACGCCCGGCCUGCCUCGCAGCCACUUUGGCCCUACUCCUUUCCGUCAUAUCUGGCAGCUAUGGGGGCUACAGAUGGUGGAUCUGGAGGUCAAAAGACAAAGCGCAGGAGAGGACACUCCUAAGGAGAAAUUCUGGUCUGCGGGGGAAGGAUGGAUCACGAGUUAUCUUCGUGCCGUAUCGCAAUUCUACUGCAAAGGUUGUGAUCUACCCAACCAAGACUACGACAUUUGAUGCGCAUCGACGGCUUUUUCUCAAUCCACCCCGAGCAGCACGAUUGAGUGAUGGGCAAGCUACGCCCUCAGUGCCUCCUCCACAAACCAAAGCUGGUCUCAAUCUGGCUUUCUUACACCAAUUCUUGAGUCUGCUUAGUAUCAUGAUACCGCGGUGGAGCAGUAAAGAGACAGCACUUCUCCUCUCGCAUGGCAUGUUCCUGAUUCUGCGGACGUAUUUGUCGCUUAUUGUCGCACGCCUAGAUGGCGCUAUCGUACGGGAUCUUGUUGCUGGUCAAGGGAGAUCUUUCAUGCUCGGUCUUUUGCGCUGGCUCUCUGUUGGCACUCUGGCUUCCUACACGAAUGCGAUGAUCAAAUUCUUACAGUCUAAGAUUUCGAUUGCUUUUAGGACGCGGCUCACGAGAUACAUACAUGACCUUUAUUUACAUCCGCAGCUCAAUUUCUACAAGCUCACCAAUCUCGACGGUGGCAUUGGUCAAGGUGCAGACCAAUUUAUCACACAAGACCUCACGCUAUUCUGUUCUGCUGCGGCGUCAUUGUAUUCCUCCCUUGGGAAACCACUGGUGGAUCUUUUUGUCUUCAAUUUCCAGUUAUACCGGUCCCUGGGUCCCAUCGCACUAACAGGGCUACUCUCCAAUUACUUCGCCACCGCAACCCUGUUACGGCGUCUCUCUCCACCCUUUGGAAAACUGACUGCCGUCGAGGGUCGGAAAGAAGGAGAUUUUCGUGGCCUGCAUGCACGAUUGAUAGCCAAUGCAGAAGAGGUUGCAUUUUAUGGUGGUGCAGACAUCGAGAAAGUAUACCUGAAUAAAAGCUUCAAAGACCUACGAGGUUGGAUGGAGGGCAUAUACAGCCUCAAGGUCCGAUACAAUAUGCUGGAGGAUUUUAUUUUGAAAUACUCGUGGUCAGCUUUUGGCUACAUAAUCACGUCAUUACCUAUCUUCUUACCCGCUUGGGGUGGUCUUGGUGGAGUCCUCGAACUUGCACAUUCAUCAUCAGACUCUACGCCUGGUAUCACCCUAUCGGACAACCUUCAACGCGGACGUAUGAAGGAGUUCAUCACCAACAAGAGGCUCAUGUUGUCACUUGCAGAUGCCGGCGGACGCAUGAUGUAUAGUAUCAAAGAUCUUUCAGAGCUUGCGGGCUAUACUUCCCGUGUGUAUACUCUAAUUUCUACACUUCACCGUGUUCACGCCGAUGCAUAUCUAAACCCGCGCCACCGUCCUGGCUUUCACCCUGAGCUGUAUUCCUUGUCUGAUGUGCAGGGCACCUUGCAUUCUGGUUUUGACGGAUUGCGUUUCGAGGAUGUUCCAAUUGUUGCUCCUUCUCUGUAUCCUUACGGCGGAGAUGAGCUCGUCGAGUCUCUUUCAUAUGUUGUGCACAGCGGUGAGCAUCUGCUUAUUAGUGGUAGCAAUGGAGUUGGAAAGUCCGCAAUUGCUCGAAUAGCGGCGGGUCUAUGGCCGGUCUAUCGCGGACUUGUUUCCCGACCCCGGGCCAUCGGCAUGGAUGGCAUCAUGUUCUUGCCGCAGAGACCGUAUCUGAGCAUCGGGACCUUGAGAGAUCAGGUCAUUUAUCCUCAUACUGAAAUGGAUAUGCGAGAAUCCGGGCGAAACGAAUACCAACUCCAGAACAUCUUGAACGAUGCGAAACUUGGAUAUCUGCCAGAUCGCGAGGGCGGAUGGGAUACUCGCAAAGAGUGGAAAGAUGUGCUGUCUGGCGGUGAGAAGCAGAGGAUGGCCAUCGCUCGGCUUCUGUAUCAUGAACCCAGAUAUGCAUUCAUUGAUGAAGGCACCUCGGCCGUAUCGUCGGAUGUCGAGGGCCUACUGUAUCAGACAGCCAAAGAUAGAGGCAUCACCUUGAUCACAAUCUCUACGCGAGCAAGUUUGAAAAGGUAUCACUCGUUCAAUUUGAAACUUGGUCUUGGCGCAGAGAGUGCAGACUGGGAAUUUCAGAAGAUUGGGACAGAUGAAGAAAAACUGGGCGUGGAGAGAGAAUUGCAGGAACUUAGGAAAAGGCUUGGUCAGGUCGAGGAAUGGAAGAGGAGACGAGAAGAGAUCGAGGCAGAGCUGAAGAAGGUGUUGAUAGAAGGAAGUGAAGAUGCUCUGGAUCCACCUCCUUACAUUGAAGGAGAGGUUCCAGAAGAGCCAUGA